UCAAACAUGGCCGACGAGGCAGGGGAAGUAAACACAGCUGUUGAGGAUGGCGAAGAAAAACAACCGCUGCAUGAGCCCGAGGGCCUGUCGGGAGCCGCGGCCGACGACGAGUCCGGCGGCAGCGACGGACAGGACCGGACGGAGAGGUCUGCUCCGGCGGUGACGGCAGAGAACAGUUGGUCGGCACCCAUCAUGUCUCUGGCUCGGAAGGCCACGGAGACGAUUAGCAGCGGGGUGAGCUACGUUGCUGCCCCGAGAAAUCCCUCACAGGGAUCCGUUGCGAGCUCCCCGACUGAGAGGGAGGCCGAAAAUAAUCUCAACAACACUCCAAAGAAGCUUCCAGUUCUGCCCCCCAAAGACCCCAUGGCAAUAGAAAGAUCCAACCUCCUCAGCAUGCUGAAGCUGAGCAUCAAAGUGUUAAUUCAGUCCUCCCUGAGUUUGGGCAGGACGCUUGACUCGGAGUACCCUCCUCUGCAGCAGUUCUUUGUCGUCCUGGAGCAUUGCCUCAAACAUGGGCUGAAAGCCAAGAAAUCCUUCAUAAGUCAGAACAAGUCCAUAUGGGGGCCUCUGGAACUGGUUGAGAAGUUGUGCCCAGAGUCCAUUAGCAUUGCCAUAAGUGCCAGAGACCUGCCCGGCAUUAAGACCGGUGUGGGGAGAGCAAGGGCUUGGCUGCAUUUAGCGCUCAUGCAGAAGAAGGUUGCUGACUAUAUGAAAGUUUUGCUGGACCGCAAAGAUCUCCUGAGUGAGUUUUAUGACUCAGGAGCAUUGAUGGUGGAGGAGGAGGGGGCGGUGAUGGGGGGGCUGCUGGUGGGCCUCAACAUGAUUGACGCUAACCUCUGUAUUAAAGGGGAGGAUCUUGAUUCUCAGGUGGGAGUCAUUGACUUCUCCCUUUAUCUUAAAGACCCUGCCACCAGUGAGACUCCAAAAGAUGAUGGCAAGAUGACAGCCAUAUUAGAUCAGAAGCACUACAUUGAGGAGUUAAAUCGUCAUCUAAGCGGCACAGUCACUGACCUUCAGGCUAAGAUGGACUCUCUAGAAAAGACCAACAACAAACUUGUGGAGGAGCUGACGGCAACAACAGACAGAAUCAACUCUCUGCAGGAAGAACAUGAACAGCUAAGAAAGGAGAAUGAGUUGAUCUUGCAGUCCAGCCAGAAAAAGGAAGAGGCAACCCUUCAGGACAGCCAGGUGGAGCUGGAGACAUACAAACAGACUCGACAGGGCCUGGACGAGAUGUACAGUGUGGUUUGGAAGCAGUAUAAAGAGGAAAAGCGCAUUCGCCAGGAGCUGGAGCGCGAGCUGGAGCUCCAGGUGGGCCUGAAGCAGGAGAUCGAGGUGGCCAUGAAGCUGCUGGAGAAGGACACACAUGAGAAACAGGACACGCUGGCAGCCCUGCGGCUCCAGCUGGACCAAGUCAAGACUCUUAACCUGCAGAUGUUUCACAAAGCACAGGACUCUGAACGAGAAGCGGAACGAAAGCAGGCGGAGGCUGUGCAGCUUGAGCAGAAGAUGGAUGAAAUGGAGAAAGCCAUGGUGGAACUAGAGCAGAGGCUACAGAACUCAGAGCGUGAGCGCAAACAAAGCGACCAGUCAGACAAAGAUCUGAGGGUGGAGCUGGAAGGAAAAGUGGAUGCUUUGCAGAAACAACUGACUGACCUGGAUACACAAAGGUUGGGUUUGGAAAAUGAGCUGCGCACUGAGAGGGAACAGAGACAAAGUCUGCAAAAAGCUCUCCAGCGGGAACAGGACAACAGCAUCGAGCUCCGCACACAGCUGCAACAACUCCAGGGCCUGCACACGGAGCUGCAGGAUUUGAAGCAGGAGAAGCAGCAGCUGCAGCAGAGGUGUGAGCAGCAGGAGCAGGCUCUACAGGAAAUGGGACUACAUCUCAGCCAGUCUAAACUUAAGAUGGAGGACUUUAAGGAGGUCAACAAAGCCUUGAAGGGCCACGCCUGGCUGAAAGAUGAUGAGGCCACUCAGUGCAAGCAAUGCCAGAAGGAGUUCUCAAUCGCACGCAGAAAGCACCACUGCAGAAACUGUGGAGACAUCUACUGCAACAGUUGCUCCAGUAACGAGCUGGCCUUACCCUCCUACCCCCGGCCAGUGCGGGUGUGCGAUGUGUGCCACGCCCUCUUGCUGCAGAGAAGCUCCUCCACGGUUUCCUGACAAAACACCUAGCAAGUUUAAAUGUUUCUUCGAGAGCUUUCUAACACUGCACAUACUCAUCCACUAUGAUUUUGAACUACCUUCAUAGAAUCUUAUGGAAAUGUAAUUUGGUUUUCCAUUUCCAAAGUUACCUGAAAUUCAGGAACAUUGGUUCAUCACUAUUACAUAAGGAGCCACCUUUAACUCAAAUGGGAAGAGCUAAUACACUUUAUGCAGACGGUGUGUUGAGGAGACUGCUUAUUUUGUUAGGGCUGGAAUAGUACUUGAUAAACUGACCAUUGUAAAAGGUGUAAUUUCUGUAAUUCAAACCAUGGAUGUUGACUACAUUGAGGUCCCAUCAAGGUUAUUGUUCAGCUUUUCUUUUGUCUAGCUGUUAAAGAACACAUGUACGUCAUCUGGAUAUUCAACUUGUCAUGCACUUAGUUUUUGCAGCUAUGGCCCCAAUGUUGGAUAGCUGAAAAAUUGUGUAAAUGACUGCAGAAUGUAAAAAAAUCUAACUAUUUUAGAAUGUAUAGUGAGGUUUAGUGGAUUGUGACAACUGCUACAAAGCCAUUUUCUUGAUUUGCGGAUGGUGAAGUUUUUUAUCUAGAUAUUUGAUAAAAUGAAUAAAGCCUCCUGUUUUGCAA